AAAAGGUUGCAGCAGGCCAGGUCGCCUCCCAAUGACGUAGCUGCGACGUGUUUACCCACUAUCCGCACUUUCGAUAGACUUUUUCCAAAUAUGAUUUAGCUCAAUUUUGGGAGCCCUUUACUAAUGGAUUUUAAUUGCAGAGUAUUUAUCUAAUAAUAAAAGCUUUUAUUAUUUUCAACGUUUAGCUUAUAUGUGGACGACUUGUAUUUGAAAACAUAGGAAAAUGCCGAUUUAAAUAGUCAGUUUGUGACAACAAGAAAGAUGUGGACUCUAGUCCACUACUAUGACUGCUGUGCUUUAUAGCACCGAUUCAUUCAAAAGGCCACGCCAGUGGUCGUUGACAACGGUACUUGGUAGCUGCUGUGUAUAAUAUAGGCUGGUUUUGUUUGUUUUUUACUCUAGUCCUUGUAUUUGAAGAACAAGCCUAGCAUGAUUUCGACCAGUCCGCGGCAGUAUCCGUAACCAGCCAACGUUAGACCCAAGUCAGACUUGAAGGAAGAACCCCAACCAACAUGUUCAAGAUGCUGGCGUGUAAACGCCUGAACUGUUUCAUAAAGCACCGAGCACAAGUAUGGACCUUGGCUCAGAGGAAGGUCACAACGUGGUCCCCUGUCGGGGCUGCGUUCAACAGCAAACCUCAGAGAAGACUGGACGUGUUCCAGGACAACGUGGGUUUGUUUGGAGUGCCAGAGUUGAGCUCUCCCGCAGGCUUUGAAGUAGCUACGAAGAGGGCGCUGAAGGACACCCAGCUACUGGUGGACAAGACAUGCCACAGCCCCCCAGGAGCGGCGACCGUGGAGUACUUUGACCAGCUCUCCGAUGGUCUCUGCAAAGUGGCUGACCUUGCUGACUUUGUUAAGGUAGCCCACCCGGAUCCUCUGUUCCGUGAGGCUGCAGAGAAGACAUGCAUAGAGAUUGGCACUGUUGUAGAAAAGUUAAAUACAAAUGUAGAAUUAAGCACCAGCCUAAAAGAUCUGCUCAACAGCCCUGAUAUUCUGAACCAGCUGGACCAUGACACAAGGCGAGUGGCAGAGCUGUUCAUGUUUGAUUUUGAGAUCAGUGGAAUUCAUCUGGAGGAGAAACUGAGGAAGGAGGCUGUGGCUCUGCAUGUGAAGCUCCUGGAUCUGAAUAAUCAGUUCUUAAUGGGCUCUCACUUGCCCAAUCGGAUUGCCAAGUCUGCAAUUCCAGAACAUCUACAUCUGCACUUUGCAAAAGAGGGCAGUUUCAUCCAGAUUGGAGGGUUACACGCAGACUCCCCUGAUGACUUGCUACGGGAGAUCGCCUACAGGAUCUUCCUCUAUCCUAACGGCCAGAUGCUGGAUUGCCUGGAGGAGCUGCUGAAAUGCAGAAACAAACUGGCCAAGCUGGUGGGCUACGAGUCGUACGCUCACAGGGCCCUGAAGGGAACCAUGGCCAAAAGCCCAAAAGCUGUGAUGGACUUCCUUGAGCUUCUUACGGACAAGCUUAAAGACAAGACGGCGAAAGACUUUAAAAUGAUGACGGACAUGAAGAAAAAGCUCAACCCUCGUAACUCAGAGCUAAUGGCCUGGGACCAUCCCUACUUCAGUGCCGUUUUGCGGGCUGAGAGGUUCAACAUCGAGCCCAGCCUGUACAGUCCCUACUUCUCCCUAGGGGCCUGCAUGGAGGGCCUGAACAACCUGUUCUCUCAGCUCUUCGGCGUGUCCCUCAUGUCCGAUCAGCCCAGUGCAGGGGAGGUGUGGAGCGAAGACGUCCGCAAACUGGCUGUGGUUCAUGAGACGGAGGGACUGCUGGGAUACAUUUACUGUGAUUUCUUUCACCGCACAGAUAAACCUCACCAGGACUGCCACUUCACCAUCCGGGGCGGGCGCCGUUGCCAGGCGACGGGCGAUUAUCAGCUUCCGGUAGUGGUGCUGAUGCUGAGCCUGCCCCAUCCCACCAAGAGCGCCCCCACACUGCUCACGCCGGGCAUGAUGGAGAACCUCUUCCACGAGAUGGGCCACGCCAUGCACUCCAUGCUGGGCCGCACACGCUACCAGCAUGUCACCGGAACCAGAUGUGCCACAGACUUUGCUGAGGUCCCCUCCAUCCUCAUGGAGUACUUUGCCAACGACUAUAGAGUAGUUAGCCAGUUUGCUCGCCAUUAUCAAACUGGACAGUCCCUGCCUCAAAGUAUGGUGGCCCGCCUGUGUGAGUCCAAAAAGGUGUGUGGUGCUGCAGACAUACAGCUGCAGGUAUUUUACGCAGCAUUGGACCAGGUCUACCACGGCGAACCCCAAAACCGCUCCACCACAGAGCUCCUGAAGGACAAGCAGCACCAGUUCUAUGGGCUGCCCUACACACCCAGCACGGCAUGGCAGCUGCGGUUCAGCCAUCUGAUUGGCUACGGAGCCAAGUAUUAUUCCUACCUCAUGUCCCGGGCCGUGGCGUCCAUGGUUUGGAAACAGUGUUUCCUAAAGGAUCCCUUAAACAGGGACAUGGGUGAGCGUUACCGGAGGGAGAUGUUGGCUCAUGGGGGAGCCAAGGAACCCAUGCUCAUGGUGGAAGGUAAGUUUCCCCGACUCCCGCCUCAGUCGGCUGUACUGUACUCUACUCCCCACACCGACACUUAGGGGGCCCUUCUGGUUAUCUAUCCCAUAAUAAGGACUCACCCCAGUCAAUGAGUUGUCCUCAGAUGCUAUUGUCUAAUGGCAUGCCACAGUGUUCCUGCGUCAUGCAACAUCAAGAGUAAUUUGCCUGUGGAUGGCAGAUUAUGGCAGUCAACUGUCUUAGCGUGCUGAUUUCAGGGUUAAGAUAUUGAAAGUAUUAUUUGGGCUGAAUACGAAACUAACAAUUUUAGUAAUCCUUCCCCCCCCCCCAUUGUCAUUGAAGGGCGCUUGAGGGGAAGCACAUGGUUUGUUGUGAGAGACUGGGGCGGCAGUCAGUCCAUUAGUCAGAUCGUAAUGCUUCCAGGUAUUCACAGCUGCUGCUGUUGUGGUUGAGCCCGCUCUGUCCUGCGGGCCUCACAAUGGGACAUGUUUACCUCUUUAUAGCACGCCUCACCAGGCUUCUUAGGCUCUGUCUGCGGGGGUUUGCCGUAACCACAGCCCCUGAGCAGCACGCUGCAGUAGGCUCCUCCCCUACCAGUGAAUCCGGAAGGCCUGGUGGAUUCAACAUGUUUUGUCAAAUUGUACUCCUUUUAUUUGGUAAAUGUUUUUUUUUUAGUAGUUUCUUUUCUGCAACACUUUUUUCUGAAAUCCUUCCCCCUCCCCGGCAAUGGCUUGAGUUCAAAAUGCGAUGCUAUGUGACCUUUAAACUUUAAUACCCCGGGGACGCCGUUUCCUAGAAGCUGUGUUAUGGAUUUAUCAAGGUCUGCCAGCCCGAAAGCAAAGAAUAGUCACCUCCUCAUGGCCCCAGAUUCCCCUCAUCCCUUCAUCCUCCCAGCGCUUCCUCCUCUUAUCCUUUACUCCCUCCUCAAGCACCUCCUCUUAUCCUUUACUCCCUCCUCCUGCACCUCCUCUUAUCCUAUAUUUCCUCCUCCUGCACCUCCUCUUAUCCUAUAUUUCCUCCUCCAGCACCUCCUCUUAUCCUUUACUCCACUCCUCCAGUACCUCCUCCUCUCAUCCCCCCUGCUGCCUCUUACUCUGUGAGGGAGUCAUGUCCGGGCACGCCGUGACAAACCGCAGCGAGCGAGGGAGUGAGGGGCGCAGGAGAAGAAAGGGUUGGAGAAGAGUAGCAUCGGGUGACAACCGGUAGUGUACUGUAAAUCUCUCCCUGGGGGGGUCACCUUCUCCCUUUCCUCCUCCUCCUCCGAAUUGUCCUCGUGACGACUCCGAGCACGGGCUUAGCCCGGCCUCUCGGAUGACAGCCGCCAGGAGAGCGCAAUCCGCCAUGGCCCGACAGACCCACGUCAUUCGCAAGGCUCCCUUUGCUUUGAACUCCGUGCGUCUCGCAUGUUGACCGAGUCGUUGUCUUAAGGCUCAGUCAUGGUUCCACAUCCACGCCACGCAGGGAGCACGCAGUCGACGCGUCGACGCAGUCGUGAACCUGUUUUGGUUCUGCGUCGGGUUUUAGUGAGCGGACCAAUCACAGCCCCUGCUGCUGUGUCGCCUCGACGCAAGGUUAGAAUUGGGAGGCGCACGUCAGGCCCUUGUAAAGGUAAUGGGUCCAUAAACCCCCUUGCGUUGGGUCGACACGGAACGUGGAACCUCCAAGCCUUUACCUUCAAUGAGCUAGUGAAGCCCAAUUUUUUCAUCACAGGUAAGACAAAAGACCAAGCCAGCUUGAGAAGAACCCAAUUAGUCCGGCAUUGGCCGGUUGCGUUGACUCCAGUGAUCUAAAGGCAGGAGUGGAGCCUCCUCUUCUAGGAUAGCGGGGAUUUGGCUUUAUUGUCUGGAGAAAUUCCUCCCCCGGGGCCGUUCAGCAGCAGGCUCUCACCCAGCCACCUCAGAAGUAUGAUUGCACCAUCUGCACAUCACAUUUAAGCAAAUCAUCAUGAACGCAUGAGCCACGGUCGUAAAGAAGCAGGAGUACAUGUGUUGAAGCAUUUAGCGUUUCACCAUUGUUCGCCUGUCGGUCGAGCAGUGACCAGCAGCUGUCUCAUAUAUCUGGGAGGAAAUGAGGAAAAGGGCUUGAAGUUAAUGCGGCAUUGAGUUUUAUACCCUUGUCCCCGCCAAGGCCAAAUGACCACAAGGAGCCUUUGGAAUAUUAUGAAAUGCGUUUCCAAGACGUUGCAUAACAUCCCCUCCGCCAAAGCCUGGUGGAUCAAGCGGUCUUAGCGUUGCUCUGACGGCUCCUCCGGCCCGAGGUUGUCGAAGGACACGUUGGCGACCCACACCUUACCAGGCUGACCAGGAACCCGCCUACUGGCACUGCGCCCACCACCCGGUGUUUCCCAGGCAAGACUGUGGGGCGAAUGUAACCCUGGUAAUAAAUCCAAAAAAGCCUGCAGAAUUAAGGGGGUGGGGGGGGGGUUGGGGAGGGGGAGGGAGAGCAAAACAAAGUGAGCUAGUGAGAGAGAAUGUGAGCCAGGGAGAAAGGCAGCAAAGAGAAGGAGAGUGUAAGGCGAUCAACAGCGGAUACACUGAGUGGACCUCUGUCUUCGGGUGCCCAUGCAGCCACAGCCCUCACCCCCCCCCCCCCCCCAUCUUAUUAGCGCUCUUUACUUGGCCGGCCUGUUCCCAUAGCCCCUCUCCUCCGGCGGAGGAUCACGACCCUACACCUGGGGAUAAAAGAUCUGCUGCUGCAAGAGGGCUCGGGACCUUUUGCACACAAGUCGUUUUAUUGAGAUUUUCAGGACACAUAAUGUACAGAAAUACUGUGUGUGUGUGUGUGUGUGUGUGUGUGUGUGUGUGUGUGUGUGUGUGUGUGUGUGUGUGUGUGUGUGUGUGUGUGUGUGUGUGUGUGUGUGUGUGUGUGUGUGUGUGUGUGUGUGUGUGUGUGUGUGUUUUUGAG